AUGAAAGUACACUUCCAUACUAUAAUUUCAAUUAACAUAGGUCAACUUUUUUAAAUAUAUAUUUUUAAAAGGGCAGCACAUUGAAGCAACUGGUUAGAGCUUUGGCCCACAGUGCUGAGAACUGGGGUUCAAAUCCUGGCCCCGCCUGUGUAGAGUUUGCAUGUUCUCCCUGUGUUUUCUCCGGGCACUCAGAAUUUCCUCCCACAUCCCAAAAACAUCCAUAGUAGGUUACUCGAAUAACCUAAAUUGCUCAUCUGUGUGAAUAGCUGUUUGUUUAUAUGUGCCAAAGAUUGGCUGGCACCAAUUCAGAUGUACCCACCUCUUGCCCGAAGAUAGCUGGGAUAGGUUCCAGCAGUCCUGCGACCCUUUUGAGGAUAAGUGGCUCGGAAAAUGGAUGGAUGGAAAUUGUGAUUGUUUGUUACUGUGUUUGUAUGUUUCACUGGUAUUGAUCAAAGUUCUUUAUCCAUCCAUCCAUUUUUGGACCCUUUUAUCCUCAUGAGGGACAUGGGAAUGCUGGAGCUUAUCCCAGCGAUCUUCAGGCAUGAGGCGGGGUACACCAUGGAACUAGUUGCCAGCCAAUCUUAGGAGACAUAAAAACAAACAGCUUUCACACCUAUGAGAAGUUUAGGUUCUUCAAGUAAUCUACUAUGCAUGUUUUUGGGAUGUGGGAGGAAACAGAAGUUCCCCUAAAAAAACCCACACAGGUAGCGCUGGGAUUUGAACCCUAGUCCUCUAACCACUUGUCCACCGUGCCGCCAGUAGUUCUUUCACUGCAGUUUAUUGUGUGGAGUUUGCAUGUUCUCCCAACCCCUGUGUGGGUUUUCCCCAGGUGCUCCAAUUUCCUCCCAUCCAUCCAUUUAUUUUCCUGGUUGGGGAAGUCCUGGAGCCUAUACCAGCUGUCAACGGGCAGGAAGCAGGGUACAGGUUGGACUGGUUGCCAGCCAAUCGCAGGGCACAUAGAGGCAAACAGCCACACUCACAAUCACAAUCGCAAUUUAGAGACUCCAAUUAAUGGUGCAUGUUUUUGGGAUGUGGGAGGAAACCGGAGUGCCCGGAGAAAAUCCACACAGGCAUGGGGAGAAUGUGCAAACUCCACACAGGUAGGACUGGGAUUUGAACCCCCGUCCUCUAACCAGUUGUCCACUGUGCCACCAGUAGUUCUUCCACUGCAGUUUAUAACCUCUAUAAUCCAAACAUGGGGAAAACGUGUGCAUCUCAAUAAUAGGGGCACAAACAAAGCUUCGACUUCGUUAUCAUUUUUGCAGAAUGUGGUUUUCCUAGUUUAACAAUAUAUUUAAAGUAGUAUAUUCACAAGUGAGGAACAGUGGAUGUUUGGUUAUCACAGCUGCCACACAGUUCUGAGGACCCAGGUUUGAAUGUGGUCUCACAUGUGUGGAGUUUGCAUGUUCUCCCUGUGGCUGUGUGGGUUUUUCCCAUGUACUCCAAUUACCUCCCACAUCACCAAAACAUGGUAGGUUAAUUGAAGGCUCUAAAUUGCCCGUUGGUUUGAAUGUGAGUGCAAAUGGUUGUUGUUUAUGUUUGCCCUGUGAUUGGCUGGUGACCGAUCCAGGGUGUAACAUAGCUCUUGUACACAGUCAACUGGGAUUGGCUACAGCACGCCCGGGACCCAAUGGGGAUAAGCUUUUCAGCAAAUGGAUGGAUGAAUGGAUAAUUCCAAAAUUCCACAGCAGGUACAUUAUGUAGGAAAAUCAAAGCUGCUCUGAAAUUACUAGUCAAUCAAAUCAAAAGCCUUUAUUGUCAUUAUAUGCUGUGCAUACAAUGGAAUGAUGAGUGCUACUCCACAAGGUGCAAUAAAGUAGAAUAAAAAUCAAAGAACAUCUUAGGUAAAAAACAUUACAUAAAACAUCAAGCCACAAUUGUUGCUAAAAUAAACAAAUAAAAAAAUAAAUCCACAAAAGAGGCAGCACGGUGGUUCAGCUGGUAAAGCAUUGGCCUCACAGUUCUGAGGUCCUGGGUUCAAUCCCAGACCCGCCUGUGUGGAGUUUGCAUGUUCUUCCCGUGCGUGCGUGGGUUUCCUCCCACAUCCCAAAAACAUGCAACAUUAAUUGGACACUCUAAAUUGUUACUAGGUGUGAUUGUGAGUGCGGCCGUUUGUCUCGAUGUGCUCUGCGAUUGGCUGGCAAUCAGUUCAGGGUGUACCCUGCCUCCUGCCCCUUGACAGCUAGGAUAGGCUCCAGCACUCCCCGCGACCCUCGUGAGGAUAAGCGGUGAAGAAAAUGAAUGGAUGGAUCCACAAAAGUGCAGUUGCAAUUGCAGUUGAAGUGAAAACAGUAAAGAAAUAUUUGAUCCAACAUCCACAGGCAUUUGAAAAAUGGUUUCAUUUCCCCUUUAAUUGCUACAAUUAAUUUGAUAAAAUAAAUAGAAUGAGAAUGUAUUCGAUGUUUAUACUGUACUUUAAAGAUUUAAUCUAAUACAUUCCACAACGUCUUAAUCAUUCAAGAAUUACAGCCAUUUUUAUCACUGCAGCAUUUUCAAAUUCUCGGGUGCCUCCCUCAUUCAUCUGUGCAAAGAAUGUGAUUUUGGGGAGGAUUGUUUUUAAAUGUUUUCUGAUAAAGUCCACCAUGGACUCAUAUUCAGUCAGAGGUACAAAAUAGGAAAAGGAUAAAUAUGACUGUAAAUUCCAUUAAGCAAUAUAUACAGUGUAAUUAGAUAUAUUGUUAUACUAUUGGUUUAGCAAUAAACUCAAGCCAGUGGAAUACUACAUUUGAAUUUAGGAAACAUACAUCAAAAAAAAAUAUCUAUUUAAAAAAUAUAAUCAACUACGCUUUGCUUUAUUGCAGGACAUAACAAAUUACAAGAAAUAAUAACAAAUGGGGUAUAUUCGUUAAAUUGAACACUCGUGAUUGUUUGGUUCCAUGGCUAUAUGUUUAUGCCCUGCAACUGACCCUGAGAGUCAUGAACGUCAUAGCGGACAAGUACUUUUCAAAACGGAUUGAUAGAGGGUAAAAUAGCCAUACUUCUAUCGACUUGAUAAUAAACGACAGACACAUGCUAAAAGGCAGAGAACGCCGUUUGUUGGCACCUAUUACACAAAUCUUAAAAUGGGGCAGCUUUCGUUCAUUACCAUUUCUCUGGCUUGCUGCGGCUGAAAGUUGAUAAUUGAAAACGAUCCUGCUCAGCCUGGUGUCUGUUUUCGUCUCUUUCUCCAGCUUCGACUCCGGAUGAUGACUUAUGGGUGUCGUCUUGAAAGGGUGCAUAUUUUAACGCAGCGCUUUGAAAUUACCUUUUGAGUGUUAAGAUGAGAAGCGAAAGGGAGGUUUGGGGGUAUGAAUGAGAAAAUGAGAAAAGGACUCCGUGGACCCGUAUUUGUUGUUUUUACUCGCACGUAAUGCUAAUGGGGAAAGUUGUAUGCUAGCUAGCCUAGCAAGCUAAUUGCUCAAACAAGGAAGGCUAAUUAUGUUGCUAACUCAUGAAUCUCCCCGGGCAGUAAACCUAUUGUCGUUCUCUUAUGGAGCCAGUUGACCGUCACUUCAGGUGUUUAAUAACUGGAGUUUUGGUCGAGUUUAGUCCAGAACGACGGUAGUUGUUGCUUAGCGUUCUCGUUAGCCCCCAUAUCUUUGAAAGAAUGAAUAGAAAACGCCACCAAUUUAAAGGCGCAGAAGUCAGCUGCUGCGUGAAAUACUUCCUAUUCGGAUUCAACAUUAUAUUCUGGUUACUGGGAGCAGCAUUCCUCGCCAUUGGCCUGUGGGCAUGGGCGGAAAAGGGCGUGCUGUCCAAUCUUUCAUCCAUCACAGAUCUUGGCGGUUUCGACCCUGUUUGGCUCUUCAUCGUUGUCGGUGGGGUCAUGUUUGUCCUGGGCUUUGCUGGGUGCAUUGGAGCACUGCGAGAGAACACGCUCCUGCUUAAAUUUUUCUCCGUGUUCCUUGGUUUGAUCUUCUUCUUGGAGCUCACCGCAGGAAUCCUCGCCUUCGUCUUUAAGGACUGGAUCAAAGACCAGCUCAACUUCUUCAUUAACAACAAUAUCAAGGCUUACCGGGAUGACAUCGAUUUGCAGAACCUCAUUGACUUUGCCCAGGGUUAUUGGUCAUGCUGUGGCGCUCAUGGGCCCGAUGACUGGAACUUGAACAUGUACUUCAACUGCACCGACCAGAACCACAGUAGGGAAAGCUGCGGUGUCCCCUUGUCUUGCUGUGUCAAAGACCCUGUGGGUGUCAUCAACACACAGUGUGGAUAUGAUGUUCGACGUGAAAAGAAGCUGGAUCAAGAAAAAUACAUCUAUACCAAAGGCUGUGUGGGGCAGUUUGAGAAGUGGCUCCAGGACAACCUCAUUAUUGUUGCUGGCACCUUUGUCGGGAUUGCACUUUUACAGAUUUUUGGGAUCUGCCUUGCUCAAAACCUGGUCAGUGACAUCAAAGCUGUCAAAGCCAACUGGUGACCGGGGAGAAGGUGCGAGGAGUCUCGUUACUCAGAACCCCGACUGGUCUUUGAGGCAGGUCCCCUGUCUGAUGUGUAACUGCACACUGAGCACAUCCACAAAACUGCACAAAUCUGUUCCUUUGUUUAGUAGAGUGUGGGAAACUGUCAGAGGUGAACAUUACCAAAACAAUAUCUUGUUUUCCUCUCAACCGGGAUAUUAUGGAGAGCCUCCUUAAUGAAGACCCUGCACACUUCUUUUCUGCACCGUUUCAUUCUCAAGACUAGUGUGUUUAUGGCGAGAUGUUGCACAAGAAUGCUCAGCAGAUGCUAGAUUAAAAGACAUGGAUGGGACUACAACAAAGGAA